ACUGCUUUUGGUGUUGGUGCUGAUGGUGUUGGGCCUCUCCUUUGCGACACUUUCCAGUUUGGCUGUGCGGAGGGGUACUCGUGAAUUGCCCGACCACUUGGACAAUGCCACGGAAGAUCUUCAGGUGUACUCCACCGGCAUCAUCGCGGAAAUGGACGUACUGCUGAUAGAUAAUUUCCACAAGUUGGCGGAAGAGCUCAUUUCAAUGCUAAACAGGUGCAGCGAAUGGGUAAUCAAUAAGUUGAUGGAAUGGGGUCCACGUAUAAGCGACGUGUUCGACAAACUCGAAGAAAUGGUAAAUGGCCUCAAGGACGUGGAAAAAAGUCUUGGAUCGAUCAUUGAAAUUGUCCUUUCCCUUAAACAGGAAGCAACAAUAGUCGACAAUGAGUUUUCCACAAUCAAGGAUAAAUUGAUAUCCGUGCUGGAAUUUAAUGGCAACGAGGAAAGCAAACGUAUCCAAGACGAAAUCAAAAGUUACAGUAUAAAAACAGCCGAAAUACUCGAAAAAUUGCCAGUCGAUGACGUGAAAAACGCCCAAAGCAAAAUCAAGGAGCUAUUCGACAAGGGAAUACUGAGCAACGCACUGAAGGGCAGGGAGGAGUUGGAAAAAAUUAAGAGCGAAAUCCAACAAAAGGUCGAUCUAUCUGUAUCCAAGAUUGUGGACAAUGUUUCGGACGUAAGCCAAAACUUGACCAAAGUUUUCAAAAAUGAGACCAAAUGGAUAAACGAAACGUUAUCCGAGUUGGUGGACAAUCACACCAAACCUGCCAUAAACGAUAUAAGACUCAACAUUGACAAGUACUCGGCUUAUUGGCACAUUUUUGGCAUAGUCGUUUGUUCCACCAUACUCGUCAUAUCCGUACUGGUACUUUUCGGUGCCAUGUGUGGCAUGUGCGACAAAAACCCAAAAGAUUACGACAAAGGCUGUGGCUCCUGUUUCUUGACGACGGCCGUAUGGAUGAUAUUUUGCGUGACGAGUAUACUGGUCGUGCUAAACGUGGCGCAUAUGCUGGUAGGUAUUUUGAGUGAGCGUAUGGUCUGCGAAUCGCUCAAGAAUCCCCGUGACAGCCAGAUUGUUCAAGUAGCAAGUAAAACAAUAUACAUCGGGAGCUUGGAGUAUGGAUCACUUCUGUCACCAAAUUGGAGCCUCCACGAUUUAAUAGACUCCUGUCGCGAAAACAAUGCUCUGGCCAAAGGAUUGAAGUUGGAAGAAGCCACAAUCACUGGAGUUUGGAGAAACUACACCGACAGUUACGACAUUGACAAAAGAAUCGACGAUCUCGUGAACGGCAUAAACCUCAACUUUGACUACGAGUUGAUGAACAACGGGACGAAGGAACAACUACGAGAAUUCGCCAACGGCGCGGUCAACGAAAUCAAUUUCGAGGAAAUAGACAAGGUUUUGAAGCAGAACUUUACGGGCUUCGAUUCGCACGAAUUUGCGGAGAAACUCCGCAGUUUUUCCGAAAAAUUGCCCGAUGGCCACCCCUCGAGGUCGGAGGUGGUGAAAUGCGCUCAAGAUUUGGAAAAACUCGGGGAAAGGAUCGUCAAUAUGACCAACCAGGGCCGCGGCUUAAUCGGCACCGUUGAACGACUGCGGGAGCAGAUAAAAUUUAACGCCACGUCGAUCCAAGAGGCCAUUGAAAACCUCAUCGAGGACGUAGAGGGCGCGCAGCAUUGGGUCAACCAUAACGCCACCACUUCCAUAAAAGAACUGGCCACGAUUUUUGGAACGUCUUUGAAAAAUCGCGUUGACGAGUUCCUCACUCACGUGUCGAGCAACGUAGCGCAAAAGGUUGGCAGAUGCGCUCCGCUGUCGAAUUUGUACGACGCGACGAUAGUAGCUGGCUGCGACAAGAUCCUCGACCCGUUCAAUGGGUACUGGCUGAGCGUCGGGUGGUGCCUGUUUCUCUUUGUUCCCAUGGUCAUUUUCAGCGUGAAAUUCAUUUCCCUGCAGAAAAGGCCUUACAUUGAUUCGAAAUAUUUAUUUGUUGGCCCGGGAGAUUAUCAAUCACAAGCCACCAUAGAUCCAAACAACUUGAGAGGGAUGAAAAAGUCCAAUUAUCCCACGCGGGGAAAUGACAAUCAGUUUAGAAGACAGUAUAGUUGGCGCUCCUCUAGAAGUCACUAUUAAGUUUAUAAUAAUUUUUGUUUAAAUGUAAAAAUUUACACGUAUAUUUUUUUGUCACUUGUUAAAUUAUGUGGACACGUUUCAAGUGGAUGUUGAAUGUGCAGUAUUUAGCGUGUGGUAGUCGAGUACAAUAAUAUUUUUACCACUUUUCCGAGACAUGCUAUUUUCGAGAUGUUCGUAUCUAUAAAAAAAUUUGGAAGCUGAUUCGGAAACAAUUAAGCAACAUAAGCAAAUCAAUUUUUUUUCAUGCGUUUUUAAAAAAUUUUUAGUAUAGUUAAACAGAAAUCUCUUAACAAAUAGAAAGUUGACUUUUCGUCCUGUGCAACGUCUAAUGCAAAAAUACGUUGCACCACGGAAGGAAAGAAAUCAGAUUAUAUCGAAUGCCUAUUCGCUCCGAGCCGAUA